AUGUUACAAUAUAAGAAAGAAAAAGCAGAAACAAUUCUAAAUCAUAAUUAUUUGCAUUGGGGAAUCAUGAUGAUCAUAUGUCAUUCCAUUAUGCAGAAGAUUGCUAAAGCUAUAUUUUCCAAACUACGAAUCGUUAACUAG